CGUUACACUCCUUUCUCGGCCCCGCCCCCCCGUCCCAGUGACUCACUAGAAGGAAACUUCUUCUGGCUGGCAACAGUAUUUGAAGAUUAGGUGCUGACAAAAAGUAACAGAGGAGGCUUCUGAGUUUAGAAGGUGUAACGUCAGAAGACUCCGGGAGUAUUGCCCUUCCCCAUACUGCUGAUCUAUAGCCAGAUAAUCCCUAUUUAGGAGUUUUUAGAGCUCCCUGUUUCUUUGAUCAAGUCCCAAGAAGGUAAGUUUUCAUUUUCUCAAAGAAAGGCAAAAAGUUGUAACCAGUGGCACUUACUGUCAUGGAAACCAAAAGACAUCACAAUGCCCAGGAGAGACGGGGGCCCUCUGGCAAGGGGAGGACUUUGGUGGAUGACAAUCACUCACUGAUAAACGCUGUUAGAGAAGGAAGAAUACAGUGGGUCCAGCAGUUGCUGGACAGAGGGGCUGAUGUCAAUUUCCAGGAAAAGGACGGAGGCUGGUCCCCUUUACAUAAUGCAGUAAAAAUGGAAAGGGAGGACAUUGUGCAUCUUCUGCUUCGUUAUGGUGCAGACCCUUGUCUGAGAAAGAGGAAUGGGGCCACUCCCUUCAUCGUUGCUGGGAUUGUGGGACAUGUGGGGCUGCUGAGACUUCUCCUUUCUAAAGGCGCAAGUGUCAAUGAGUAUGAUCACCAUGGCUUCACCGCGUUCAUGGAAGCCGCUGAGUACGGGAAGGUCGAAGCCUUGCGAUUCCUGUAUGAGAACGGCGCAGAGGUAAACUUGGGACGAGAGACAAUGAAGGCUCAAAAGAAGCUUAAAAAGGGAGGGGCCACAGCUCUCAUGGAUGCUGCUAAAAAGGGACAUGUAGAGAUCUUGAGUAUCCUACUUGAUGAGAUGGGGGCAGAUGUCAACGCCUGUGACAACAUGGGCAGAAAUGCUUUGAUCCAUGCUCUUGUGAACCUUAAGAAGAGUGAUGAAGUGAUGAAUGUCGCUCGCAUUCUCUUGGCCCAUGGAGCUAAUGUCAAUGUGAGGGGAGAAAAAGGGAAGACGCCCCUGAUUCUGGCAGUGGAAAAUGAUCACUUGGAUGUGGUGGAGAUGCUUCUGGAACAAGAACAUAUAGAGAUCAAUGACACAGACACAGAGGGCAAAACAGCCCUGCUGUGGGCUGUCGAGUACAAACUGACGAAAAUUGCCAAGUUGCUGUGUAACAAAGGAGCCAGCACGGACUGCGGGGACCUUCUUAAGUUAGCGAGGCGCUGUUAUGACCCUUCCUUGGAAAAGCUUCUCCUCAAUCACGGAGCCAGAGAUUACCACCCCCCUGCGGAGGACUGGGCGCCUCAGAGCUCACGCUGGGGGCUGGCCCUCAAACACCUCCAUAGCAUAUACCGCCCUAUGAUCGGCAAACUCAAGAUCUUCAUUGACGAAGAAUAUAAAAUUGCUGACAGUUUGGAGGGCGGCGUCUACCUGGGGUUCUACGAAGAGCAAGAGGUAGCUGUGAAGCGAUUCCAUGAAAACAGCAGGAAUGGCGAAAAUGAAGUCUCCUGUCUGCAGAGCAUCCGUGCGACCAGUAACCUGGUGACAUACUACGGGAGUGAGCGCGACAGGGGACUCCUGUAUGUGUGUAUCAUGCUCUGUGAGCACACGCUGGAGACACACGUGGCCGAGCACAGAGGGGAGGCUGUGGAAGAUGAGGAAGACGAGUUUUCCCGCAGCAUCCUCUUAUCUAUAUUUAAGGCCGUUGCUGAGCUGCACCUGUCGUGGGGCUACACUCACCAGGAUCUGCAGCCACAAAACAUCUUAAUAGAUUCCAAGAAUUCUGUUCGUGUGGCAGAUUUUGAUAAAAGCAGCAAGUGGGCUGGGGAGCCAGAGAAAAUCAAGAGUGAUCUGGAGGCCCUUGGGCGGCUGGUCCUAUAUGUGGUAACGAGGGGAGACAUCUCUUUUGAAACCCUGAAGACGCAAAGUAAUGAAGAGGUGAUUCUACAUUCUCCAAAUGAAGAAAUUCAGAACCUCAUUGGGGAGCUCUUCUGCCCUGGGGAGAAUGUGGAGAGCCAUCUAAAGGACUUGCUGGGUCAUCCUUUCUUUUGGAGUUGGGAGAGCCGCUACAGGACGCUUAGGGACCUGGGAAAUGAAUCCGACAUCAAAACUCGAAAACAAAAACUAAACAGCAGGCUCUGCCUACUACAGAGUCCUGCAGAAGAUCGCUCCAAAAGUUUUCACCAAUGGACCUCUAAGAUUAAUAAAUAUGUCAUGGAAGAAAUGAAUUCAUUUUAUAAAAAACAAAACAAAAUCCACCUAUGUUACAAGAACACUGUAGGUGAUCUGCUAAGGUUUAUCCGGAAUUUGGGGGAACACAUCCAUGAAGAAAAGAAUAAAGGCAUGAAGUUGGCAAUUCAAGACCCGUCCCAGUAUUUUCAGAAGAACUUCCCCGACCUGAUCAUCUACAUCUACGUGACACUCCGGGACACAGAGUACAAGAAGCAUUUUCCCAAAACUUGCACAACACAUGAGACUUGUGAUGGGGGCCAGCAGGCUAGCCAGCUCUGAGUGCUGUCUGAGCCUUCUGAGUUCAGCGGGGUCCUUAUCUGCUGUGUGAUCCUGCGCAAGUCACAACCCCCUGGGCUUCCUAAC